AUGUUUUAUAUUAUUUUAGUAAUAAUAAACUUACUUUAUGCUAGAAGAAUAAAUCAAUUAGGUUAUUUAUUAACAAGAGACAAAUUACCAGUUGGAGCCAUUUUAACAAUAUCUUAUGAUGGAUAUUAAGUAGUUUGUAAUGAGAAAGGAGAAUUUCCCUUAAAGUAGGAGAAAUUUAUUGUUGAUGUGUUAGGUUUAUUUAAAUAGACCUUUUAUCCAUCUCCAUUAUAAAAAUAAUUCAUUAUUGAUAAUAACUAAACCACUAUCAUUUAAAUAUUUGGAUUUAUAAGUGAACCGGCGAUUCUUACUUUACAUGUGAAUUAACCACUGAAUUUAAAAUAAAAAGAGUUUGAAAUUAAUGAAAAGUUCAAUAUUCAAACUGAUAUUAUGAAAUUAUUGGUAUAUUAGGCUAAGGUGACAAUAUCUGCAGAUUCUUUCAAAAAUAAUACAUAGGUUAUCUAUCUCUAUGGAUCAUAUUAGUAUGAUUUUGGAAGUAUAGAACUAGUUCCUUCAGAAAUCGAUGUAAAAUUAAAAUUUAAUUACAAAUUUGAUACAUAAUGUUAUUUAAUGUGCACAAAGUUUAAUGGAAAAUUAUAUGUGUUAUAGAAUUAUACAUAAAGGGAUUAAAUAGAAUUUAAUGGAAAAUUAUUUGAUGAAUGGCCUUAAUAGUGUUUAUUAUAUUCUGAUAAAGGGGAAGGGGAAUUGAUAGAAUUAGAUGGGCCAAUAUCAGAUUUGGUCAGGAGAAAAUGA